CGGCGAGCGAGCCAAGUGGUGGUGGCCGGUGCGACGCGGGGGGUGGUGGGGUCACGGGCUCCGCGGUCACGCCUGACGCGGGAAGCCGGCCGGAACCAUCCAACGCGCAGCGGCCGCCGCGUCGUCGUCGUCGUCGCCGCCGCCGCCGUGCCGCCUGCGCCUCCAGAAACAAACACGAGCUGCCUAAUAUUCCACGCCCGCGGAACCACGCGACACGGGCGGCGAAUCAGAACCCCCCCUCCGCCGCGCACCUACCGUCCGGGAUCGCGAGGGUGGGUUUGGAUCCCUUUGGUUGCGGGUCGAGUCAGGUUGUCUUGGUCCCGUCCUAGCGCCGGCUCCCCUUGCCGGCCGAAUCCCCCGCUGCGUCCCCAGGCAGCAUUUUGUUUCAGUGGUGUGGAAGCUUUGUUGAUUGUAGUUCACAAUGGGAGGCUGUGCGGGGAAGGCACGUCGUGAAGAGGAAGAUAAGCUUGAUUUCAAAGGUGGAAAUGUGCAUAUCAUAACAACCAAAGAGGGCUGGGAUCAGAAGAUUGCAGAAGCAAACAGAGAUGGGAAAACUGUUGUGGCGAAUUUCAGCGCUUCCUGGUGUGGACCAUGCCGUGUCAUUGCUCCAGUCUAUGCUGAGAUGUCAAAGACUUAUCCUCAACUCAUGUUCUUGACAAUAGAUGUUGAUGACCUGAUGGAUUUCAGCUCCUCAUGGGAUAUCCGUGCGACCCCGACGUUCUUCUUCCUCAAGAACGGGCAGCAGAUCGACAAGCUGGUCGGCGCUAACAAACCUGAGCUCGAGAAGAAAGUGCUAGCAGCCGCCGAUGGCAGUUCGAGCAAGUGACAGAGAACUGGGCAAGCUUGGGAUAUCUACUACCUGUCUCUCAUUGUUCGAUAGUUUCCCGAUGUAUAGUUUCCUGUGUUUAUGUGCAAGUCUGUGUUGUCAGAGAUGAUGCUUUACAAUUUUGCCCUCAACCCUGGUUUUGCACAUACUCAUGCUGUCAAGUUAUGUGAACCUGUGCUUGCCAAAAGACAAGAGAUAAAGAAAAAAAAAUCCAGUAAUGUGAAGCAGUUGUUGACUCAGAGUUUUGCAACACAA